CGGGGUUUGGUAUGUCUCUGUUUGCCUGCGCCCUUACCUCCCUCUCUAUCAUAAAUUAGGAUGGCCCCGAAACCUCGUGGAGGCCGUAAGGCGUCGACAUCGUCCAGAGAUGGUCCUUUGCUUCCGCAUAUCGACAAGGACCUCAAGGCAAUGCCGCCUCCUCCAGAUCCAGUCGGUCCCAAGCGUAUACUAGAGCAAGAGAUGGACGGGCUGAAGAGUUGCUUCAGGAAUGCUAUGGUAAAGACGGGACAAUUAUAUGCUUUUUAUGCUGAUACCCGCAAGCUUGGAAUUCGGAAGUACACGCCUUAUCCGCCGCGUUCUCUAUCCGCGUCGUUAGGCCGGGAAAUCGAGAAUUACGAUCAGCUCUGCGAUGCUAUGGAAUCUCACUUGGAAACAAUUGCUGUCCUUGAACGAGAUCUCCGACGUGAGGAACAGCGUAUAAAGGAAGCCGAGGAGGCAGCUUUAGCCAGUCAAGCCCAUUUAGAGGAGCCGACUUCAUCUAAUCGACUAACUCUUCCGAUACCACCACCUGACGCCAAUUCUACAUUGCCCUCUGCCAUGCCAUCAAGCUCGCAACCGACGUCGGCCAUGAUGCAAGGACGCCGACCAUCAGCCAUAUCUAUCUCAUCGCUACAACGGCCUGCAUUCCCACUUAAACUCGACCUAUCCUCCUCAUCUCUUCGCAUGUCUGCAGAAGAGGCAGCUUUCCUCUCCAAUGGCCUUCAUUCUCCUGUUACCCUCGCACCCAAGUCCGCACGCCCGCAUGACUAUCCCGUCGAGCUGAUGGCUGCAUUCACCUCUGACAUUCCGCCUCCACCUCCCAACCAUGAGUCUGCAAAUAACACCAUCGACUUGACCAUAGAAACUCCAGAACGCAAUGUGAACAUGAACAUGGAUAGUUCCGUUGGCAGUUCGGCAGAUAAGCCAAUUGAACUCGACCUAGGCGAUAUGGAGGUCGACAUGAGCGAUCUAUUUGGUGACAACAGCUCAAAUGAUGCAGUUGACAGCCUUUUUUCACCUGCAGUCGCGAACCCUGAGGUCGCGGCUGAGAGUGUCAAACAGGAAGAACAGCAUUUCUUGAACUCGUUCGCUACAAACGGAGGUGCUACUGAAGAGGAAUUUUUCUCUUCUCUUAGCUCAAAACCGGAGAGUGGGCAAUCAAGCAGCUUGGGGAUACCACAAGUUGAUAGUGCCGGUCCAACCGCGCCCUCACCGGGUGCGUUUCUGGCAAGUCUUACCGGAUCGCAGCUUGAGACUGGUAAUGAAAUGGCGACGUCAAGUGGUAUACCCGAAGGUCAGUUCAGUAUGGAGAACCUGGAUUAUGGCUUUUUCGCUAUGAUCAAGACCCGGGGGGAGUACCUGUACCCGACACAAAGACGGAGUCGUCUACGUAGGCGUUUUUUAUGCCCUGAGGAAUUAUCUCUAAUUGGUCGGCCGAGGUGCUCGCCAAGUCUAACCGAAGUACGCAUAACCGCCCAACAGGGCGAAUAG